AUGAAUAAUAAUCAGUCUGAUAUAUACGAUGAACUUAUGUCAAAAGAUUGGAUAACAAAUCUAGAUGAGAGUGAAUAUGGUCUUGUUCGAUAUGAUGAACCACCAAGCUAUGAAACAUUUAUUCGGGAAUGUUUUCUUAAAAAUCGUCCAGCAUUAUUUACAGCUAAUUGUGGUCUUAUGAACCAAUGGGCAUGUAUUGCUGAAUGGUUAAGUGAAGAUCGAACAAAACCUGAUUUUGAUCGAUUAAUAAAUUUAUAUGGUUCAAUGAUAGUACCUGUAACAAAAUGCUCAUCAAAUGUAACUGAAUAUGGUUCUGAUGACAAUAAAUUAACAAUGCGUUUUGAUGAAUUCGUUCAUUUGUGGCGUAAUAAUGAUACAACAGCACAAUAUUAUUGUAAAGAUUGGCAUUUACAAAAAAUGUCUGAUGAAACAAAACCAUUAUUUUAUUCUAUUCCAAUUUAUUUUCAAUCUGAUUGGCUUAAUGAAAAAUGUCUUGCAGAAAAUGAAGAUGAUUUUCGUUUUGUUUAUAUGGGUGGUGAUGGAACAAGUACACCAUCGCAUAUGGAUGUUCUUGGAACAUAUUCAUGGUCAGCAAAUAUUUGUGGUCGAAAACGAUGGUGUUUUUCUAAACCAUAUCCUAUUGAAUUUAUACAAGAACCAGGUGAUAUAGUAUUUGUACCAUCAGAAUGGUAUCAUGAUGUAACAAAUAUUGGUUAUACAAUAUCAAUUAAUCAUAAUUGGUUUAAUGCUUUUAAUAUUUUUCGUAUAUGGAAACAUUUAUGUUUAACACUUGAUGAUAUUGAACAUCGAAUCGAAGAUUGUCGUUCUCUAAUGAGCGAUACUUGGUAUGAACAUUGUCAAGUAAUACUUCAAGCAAAUGAAGGAAUGAAUUUUAUUUCACUUUAUAAACUAUUAUAUAUAAUUGCUCAAAGACGAAUUACAGGUGAUAAUACUAAUAAACAUGCAACAUUUGAUUUAUGGAUAAUUGAAAAAUUGAUACAAACUAUGUUACACACUUCUACUUUUUUAUAUGCUUGUGAUUUUGAUACACUUCCUCAACGACCAAAAGCAUUAGUUAAACAAAUUCAUUCCUAUAUUGAAAAACAAAAACAAUAA